AUGAACAAUACCACCGCCCUCCCUCCCCCAUUUCCGUGCAGGUGGUGCGUACGCGUGGGGACGGCAGCACGGAGGAGAUCACGAAACUCAAUUUCGCCGCAGGAGGCCAAAGCACUGACGUGUUCCGAACGUCGCGUGUUUCUUACAAGUUGGGUGGCACAGGCGACCGAGGAGAUGGAUAAAGAUGAGCAAUACCGGUUCCGUCUCUUCGAGAAAACCGAAUGUGGAAUGACGGCGGAUGGCUCUGGGGACGACAAAAUCAACCUCGAGGGCCUUUCCACAUAUUCCUUCAUGGAUGUGGAGGGUGGCGCCAGCGCUGAUGAGGAGGGCAAGGAGGAUGGGGACACCGGCAAGGUUGACGUGGACCAGCCGUCGGAGGACGCCUCUUCCAAAGAUGAUGAGAGCGACCGGGACGAUGACAACGAUAAGGACCCGCUGACCCAGCUCGACGACGAUGAUGAAUUGUCGCCUGAGGAAGAAACGCUGAAGAUGGACAUCCCGGACGGGUUUCGACUCCAAGCGUCUCCACCACCGGCCUUCGAUCAGUCGAUAGUGAAGCGUGGGGUUCUCGUAAAACUCGGGUUGGGUUGGUUUGGAAAUCUCACCCCGCUUCGCGGCAGGAGUGCGACUACCGCGUCAUCCUGCACUGUGAUGAAAGGACGCGGAGCAUGA